AUGCUGGAAUUAAUACUUAUAGUAGGAGCAAUCACUGUUCUCUUCUAUUACUAUGGAGUUAAACCAAUGUCUUACUGGGAAGAGCGAGGUGUGAAGCAAACUCCAAAAGUUUGGCUGGUUGGAGAUAAUUGGAGAACACUAUUAAAAUUAGAAAGCUUUACUGAAAUGAUAGAAAGAAUAUACAAUACAAUUUCUGGAGUAAGAUAUUUGGGAUCCUAUCAAUUUACCACUCCAACUUUGGUAAUUAAAGAUCCAGACUUGAUCAAACAAAUUGGUGUUAAAGAUUUUGAACACUUUAUGGAUCACAGGUCAUUUGUCCCAGAAGAAGCUGACCCCUUAUUUGGAAAGAAUCUAUUUGCGCUAAAAGGUCAAAAAUGGCGAACAAUGAGACCAAUUCUCAGUCCCUCAUUUACCAGCAGUAAAAUGAGAAGUAUAUUCAAGCUAAUUUCAGAGUGCGUCGAAAACUUCAAUGAUUACUAUUUGAAAAAGAAUCAGGAUAUCGUUGAAGUCGAAAUGAAAGAUAGUUUCACGCGUUUUGCUAAUGAUGUUAUCGCUACCACAGCUUUUGGUGUCAAAAUUGAUUCUUUAAAAGAACAAAACAAUGAAUUUUACACGAUGGGAAAAGAGGUCACUGAUUUCAGCAGUUUUCUUAAAUGGAUGAAACUUUUCGGAUUCAUGCUUUUCCCAAAAUUAUUUAGCUUAUUAAAUAUUGGGUUUAUCUCGGCACGAAAUAAUAAAUUCUUCACGUCACUCGUUGACAGUAAUAUAAAGAUGAGAAAAGAGAAAGGUAUUGUUCGUAUGGAUAUGAUUCACCUCCUUAUGGAAGCUCAAAAGGAAUCUCAGCAAAAAGAAGAAGAAAACAUAAUCGAUACUGGAUUUGCUACAGUGGAAGAAGCUAAUUUAGGUUAUGCAGAUAAGCCGAUUAAACAGGAACUGACCAAUUUAGAUAUUGCUGCUCAGGCUAUGAUUUUCUUCUUUGCUGGUUUUGAUACGGUAUCGACUGCCAUUUGCUUUAUGGCGCAUGAACUAGCUGUCAAUGCAGACAUACAAAACAAAUUAAGGAAAGAAAUUGAAGAGAUGCUCAAAGAAUGCAAUGGAACCAUAUCCUACGAGGCCUUAUUGAAAAUGAAAUAUUUGGAUAUGGUCGUUUCUGAAAGUCUCAGAAAAUGGCCAGCUGCAGUAGCAGUGGAUAGAGUUUGUACGAAGCCAUAUACCAUUAAACCGGCAUCACCUGACGAAAAACCUUUAUUCAUUGAAGAGGGAACCGUUCUUUGGUUUCCAAUUUAUGCACUUCAACGUGACCCAACCAUAUAUCCCAACCCAGAACGAUUUGAUCCUGAGCGAUUUAAUGACGAAAAUAAAGCAAACAUCAAUCCAUAUACCUACCUACCAUUUGGAGUUGGGCCAAGAAAUUGUAUCGGCAAUCGGUUUGCGCUUUUGGAAAUCAAACUUAUAUUUUUCCAUAUUUUAUCAAAGUUUGAAAUAGUACCCAUUAAGGAAACUAAAAUUCCUAUACAAAUCUCAAGAAAACAGAUAAAUUUGCUUCCUGAUGGAGGAUUUCCUUUAGGGCUUAAGAAACUAGUCAAGUAA